CCCGCCUUCACCCGCAGGCCCCUCCCCUCCCAGUAGGCCCCGCCUCUAGGCUGGCCUAUUCCCCCCGCCUGGGCCCUGGCGGCGACCGCAAAGGCAGCCACUGAGCUCUGAACUUGACACGAUGGGGCUUCCUGAGGAGCGUGGCCGGAGCAGCGGCAGGAGCGGGCACAGAGAGGAGGCUGGAACCGGGAGCCGGGCACGGAGUUGGUCUCCGCCGCCCGAGGUCAGACGCUCGGCGCACGUUCCCUCCCUGCAGCGCUACCGCGAGCUACACCGGCGCUCCGUGGAGGAGCCGCGGGAGUUUUGGGGAAGCAUAGCCAAGGAAUUUUACUGGAAGACUCCAUGCUCUGGACCCUUUCUUCAGUACAACUUUGAUGUGACUAAAGGGAAAAUCUUCAUUGAGUGGAUGAAAGGAGCAACUACCAAUAUAUGCUACAAUGUGCUGGACCGAAAUGUCCACGAGAAAAAACUUGGAGAUAAAGUUGCUUUCUACUGGGAGGGCAAUGAGCCAGAAGAGACCACUCAGAUCACGUACAGUGAGCUUCUGGUCCAUGUAUGCCAGUUCAGCAAUGUUCUCCGCAAACAAGGCAUUCGGAAAGGUGAUCGAGUGGCCAUUUAUAUGCCCAUGAUACCAGAGCUGGUGGUGGCUAUGCUGGCGUGUGCCCGCCUUGGGGCUCUUCACUCCAUUGUGUUUGCUGGCUUCUCUGCAGAAUCUCUAUGUGAACGGAUCCUGGAUUCCAGUUGCAGCCUUCUCGUUACAGCAGAUGCCUUCUAUAGGGGGGAAAAGCUUGUGAACCUGAAGGAGCUGGCUGACGAGGCCCUGGAGAAGUGUCAAGAGAAGGGUUUCCCAGUGAGACGCUGCAUUGUGGUCAAGCAUCUAGGACGGGCAGAGCUGGGCAUGGGUGAUUCUCCCAGCCAGUCCCCUCCAGUUAAGAGGUCAUGCCCAGAUGUGCAGAUCUCUUGGAACCAGGGGGUUGACUUGUGGUGGCAUGAACUCAUGCAAGGAGCAGGGGACGAGUGUGAGCCUGAGUGGUGUGAUGCUGAGGACCCACUUUUCAUCCUGUACACCAGCGGCUCCACAGGCAAACCCAAGGGCGUAGUGCAUACAAUUGGGGGCUACAUGCUCUACGUGGCCACAACCUUCAAGUACGUGUUUGACUUUCACCCCAAGGAUGUGUUCUGGUGCACAGCAGACAUUGGCUGGAUCACUGGCCAUUCCUAUAUCACUUACGGGCCACUGGCUAAUGCUGCCACAAGUGUUUUGUUUGAGGGGAUCCCCACAUACCCAGACGUGGGCCGCCUCUGGAGCAUCGUGGACAAGUACAAGGUGACCAAGUUCUACACAGCACCCACAGCCAUCCGCCUACUCAUGAAGUUUGGAGAUGAACCUGUCACCAAGCAUAGCCGGGCAUCCUUACAGGUGCUAGGCACAGUGGGUGAGCCCAUCAAUCCUGAGGCCUGGCUGUGGUACCACCGGGUAGUAGGUUCCCAACGAUGUCCCAUUGUGGAUACCUUCUGGCAGACAGAGACAGGUGGCCACAUGCUGACUCCCCUCCCUGGAGCUACACCCAUGAAACCUGGUUCUGCUACCUUCCCAUUCUUUGGCGUAGCUCCUGCAAUACUGAAUGAGUCUGGAGAAGAGCUAGAAGGUGAAGCUGAAGGCUAUCUGGUUUUCAAACAGCCCUGGCCAGGUAUCAUGCGCACAGUCUAUGGGAACCAUGAGCGCUUUGAGACCACCUACUUUAAAAAGUUUCCUGGGUACUAUGUGACAGGAGAUGGUUGCCGGAGGGACCAAGAUGGCUAUUACUGGAUCACUGGAAGGAUUGAUGAUAUGCUCAAUGUUUCUGGACACCUGCUGAGCACGGCAGAGGUGGAGUCAGCACUCGUGGAGCAUGAGGCUGUUGCAGAGGCUGCGGUGGUUGGACACCCUCAUCCUGUAAAGGGGGAAUGCCUGUACUGCUUUGUCACCCUUUGUGAUGGCCAUACCUUCAGUCCUGUCCUUAUUGAGGAGCUCAAGAAGCAGAUUAGAGAAAAGAUUGGUCCGAUUGCCACACCGGAUUACAUCCAGAAUGCACCUGGUUUACCUAAAACUCGCUCAGGGAAAAUCAUGCGGCGGGUGCUUCGGAAGAUUGCUCAGAAUGACCACGACCUGGGAGACACAUCUACUGUGGCUGAUCCAUCCGUCAUCAGCCAUCUCUUCAACCACCGCUGUGUGACGACCCAGUGA